ACGCUUGUCCGCAUACUUCAAGCGAUUUAUAUUGCGUUAUCUAUGCUGUGUUACUUAGCCUUGUUAUCCGUUGGAAACCAGCAGUAGCUUGUUAGCGACGCUCGAGCAAAUAUGUCUCUUAAAAUGCGUCCCACUGUCGUUGCAAAGCGACCGGCUCCUUUCACUAGGAGGGCUAUAGUUGGUGUAACCUGCCGAGCGCAACGCUCACCCUCUACAACCUCCGCCGCCUUCUCUGCCCCUGCCGCUACCACCGCUGCUGCCAGCCUGCUAGGCUGCCUAGCCGCUCAGCUGCUGGGGGCGCAGCUGGCGCUAGCUGAGUUCCGACUGCCUCCCAUUGACAACGACCCGCACCGCUGCGAGCGCGGGUAUGUGGGCAACACCAUUGGGCAGGCCAACGCCGUGUCCGACAAGCUGCUGGACCUGCGCCAGUGCUCCUACCGCGGGGCCGACCUGCACGGGCGGGUGCUGGCGGGGGCGCUGCUGGCGGAGGCAGACAUGCAGGGAGCCAACCUGCAGGAGGCCGUACUCACAAAGGCCUAUGCGGUCAACGUCAACAUGGCGGGGGCGGACCUGACCAAUGCGGUUGUGGACCGAGUGGACUUCAGCGGCGCCAACCUGCGGGGCGUGCGGUUCAUCAACACGGUAGUCACAGGGGCGCAGUUUGAGGGCGCAGAUCUGGCGGAGAGCGUGUGGGAGGAUGCGCUGAUUGGGAGCCAGGACGUGGGGAAGCUGUGUGAUAACCCCACACUGACGGGGGAGAGCAGGGCGCAGGUGGGCUGCCGUGUCCGCAAGUGAGCACAUGAGCAGCGGAACCGCGUAUGGUGAGCAGCAGCCAUCACACAGCAGCCCUGCAACCAUCAUUCGUUCAGAAGUUCGCUACCGAAGCAGCAGCAGCAGCAGCACGAAGCAAAGGAUGGAGCAGGGAAUGGAGAAGAGGAUGGAUGCAAGAUGGCGGGUCAUCUCCCGGUGGACCGGAGCCCCAUGCGAUGCCCUUGGUGCAUGAUUUCCACGGUGUCGUGCCCCUUAUAGCCACAUAUAUGUAUGCCCGGCACCUGCCUGCCGCCUGCAUGACCGUACACGGAGGAAACCGACAAGCUGUGUGACACGGCUUCACCAUGGGGAGGGGGCAGGAGGCCAGCGGUGACAGCAGCUUUGUUCCCAAGACCGGCGGGCAGUGCGUAGCGAGGAGUACGGUUGUGAGGGGCGAGAGUCGUGGAAGGGGGUUGAAGUGGUGCGGAUGUUUGAGCAAGUUGAUGAUGCAAGCCGUGACAGCUCGUUUUUACUCGAUCACGGUGUGGCAGAUAUGCGGAAUUGCGUCAAGUUUAUUUACAAUCCGUCACUCUUACAGCGCUGCAAUAUUGGUAGCAGGCAAGCACGUCAGGUACCUCCUCAGGUUCCUUCGUACGUACGAGAGCACACCACUUGUACGGCACAGGGCUUCAAUACAUACACGCCAUGGAGCUAAUGUACGAUGUAACACACACAUACGAGGUAGCUA